AUGGCCCAGAUUCCUGGCCUUCAAUCUCGUGGAGGUGAAAGCAAGAAGUUCAUUGGGACUGGCAAGUCACUCACAGUAUGGAUCUCAGUAGCUACAUCAACAGUUCUAGUCUUCUAUGGCUACGACCAAGGUGUGUUCGGAAACGUCAUAGUGAGCCAUGAUUUUCUCAAAAUGGCUUCUCUCUACACUCUCGGCAGCCUCUUUGGAGCAGUCUCCACCAUAUGGACCGGCGAUAUCCUCGGACGGCCAAAUACUAUCCUCGCAGGAAGCGGAAUUAUCACCAUUGGAGCCAUACUUCAGGCUUCCGCAUACGGUGUGCCGCAGAUGAUUGUCGGAAGAAUCAUCGUUGGCCUCGGGACGGGCAUGAAUACUGCAACUGCUGGGGUUUGGCAGUCAGAAACAAGCAAACCUCAAAGCCGAGGAAAGCUGGUGAUGAUUCACAUGGCCCAAUGUAUCUCCGGUUUCUCCCUCUCAAAUUGGCUCACUCUAGGGAUUUCGUUCGCACCAGGAUCGGUGGCGUGGAGAUUCCCUCUCGCUUUCCAGAUCGUGUUCGCCGUCAUACUCUGUUGCAUCUGCCCGUGGCUUCCUGAUUCUCCCAGGCUUCUGAUCAGAAAAGGUCAGAAGGAUGAGGCGCUUGAGGUUCUCGCCGCACUUGAAGGUGAGGGCGCGACUAGAUAUAGUGAUUCGGUGCAAUUGCAGUAUGACAUUAUCAAAGACGUCCUGGACCGAGAGCAUGUCAAUACUUAUUCGUGGUGGACUUUGCUGCGCGGACGCGGUCCAGCAGGAGUACUCCGUCGGAUGGCCCUGGGUGCUGGAAUGCAGGCAAUGAAUCAAAUUUCAGGGAUAAAUGCCACUUCAUAUUACACCACGUACAUCUUUAUCAACGCGCUCGGCUUCAGUGAGGUGAGAGCUCGUAUCCUGGCUGCCGCAGGUAGCGUCAAUUACUUGAUCUUUGCCUUGCUCUCCUACUUACCUAUCGAACGCUAUGGUCGUCGCCGUGUCUUCAUGACGUCUUCGGCCGUCUGCUCCGCUUGCUUCGUGGCCAUCACGAUUGCCCUAUACCUUUCAGACUCUGGCAAGAAGAGCUCCUUCAAUAUGGGUGUAGUUGCUGUCGCCUUUUUCUUUGUGUUCUGGAGUGCUUUCGGCGCCGGAGCCCUCGGGGUUCCCUGGCUGUAUGCCUCGGAGAUCAAUGCUCUGGAGAUGCGCGCCAAGGGCGCAAGUGUGGCUAUGUCAACAAACUGGAUAGUGAAUUACGCCGUUGUUCAGGUUACAACUGAUGGGAUCAACAAUUUGCACUGGCGGUUCUGGAUAAUCUGGGCCGUCCUAUGCGCAUCUUUCGUUCCGAUAACCUACCUUUUCUAUCCUGAAACCGCCAAUCGCUCACUCGAAGACAUCGACAGGUUCUUCGAGACCGAACCAAAAGCAGUCAUCUGUAACAACCAGCUCGCCACUCAACUGAAACGACCCUCUGAGUUUGAGGAGGCAGACAGGGUAGUUCAGCGGCAUAUGGCCAGAGAGGGUGGCGCUUGUGUGGAGAAGUCCCAAGUUGAGCAGGUUGAUGAGGUCGCUAAUGCCCAUCUCGAAGGAGGACUGUGA